AUGUUUCUCUUGCCGGUGCUUUUGGGUUUCUCCUUUUCGGCUAUGAUCAAGGAGUUCUUGGAGUACGGUUUGACGAUGAUCGACGUGAAGAUUGCUGCUAAUCGUCGUUGGCAGGGCCUGAAUGCAUCCGAGAACUUUCUCACACAGUUCAACAAUCCAUCUUCUAGCCUUCUUGGUACCAUCAAUGCCAUAUACGAUGGCUGGGGCAAUGGUUUCAACACUGCAACUACACCCUUAUGGGUAUCAGAACUAGUUCCGUCCAAGUCAAGAGGUCGGCACGUCGCUAUCGAAGGAAAUCUGAUAGCAUUCGGUAUUGUGAUUGCCUACUAUUUCAACAUCGGAAUGACUUAUGCAUCUGGUCCCGUGCAAUGGCGGUUGGUUAUUGCUGCUCAACUCAUCAUUAUUAUUUUCCAGGUUGUCUGGACCAUGAUGUUGCCGGAGUCGCCUCGGUGGCUCACUGCCCAUGGUCGCCACGAAGAAGCGAUACAUGUCCUGACUCAGCUGACGGGCAAAAACAUCAAACAUGACGAUGCAUCUGUGCUCAAACAAAAGAAGAACAUUGAUGACGCCAUUGCACUUGAGAGAGCAGACGGUCCCUGGAAAUUCUCUGAAUGUUUCCGUAAUGGGCCACUCAAAAUUCGUCGUCGAUUCAUAUAUGUCAUCUGCCUUCAAGCGAUGCAGCAACUUAGCGGGAUCAACGUCUUGGUCUAUUACAUGCCUCACACCUUGACCACUGAUGUCGGCAUGGAUUAUCGAACUUCACUUCAUGUUGGAGCAGGCCUCGCAAAUACCUAUUGGGUCUUCUCAUUCAUAGGAGUGUUCUGGCUGGACAGAAUGGGAAGACGCCAGCCCUUGAUAUGGGGCGCUGUUGUUUGCGGUCUCUGCUUUCUUUUGGCCGGUAUCCUGCAGGCUAGCCCUUCUUCGGCAAGAGCAAAGGCAAGCCUCACCUUCUUUUUCUUGUAUGAAGCUGUCUUCGCUAUUGGAUGGUUGCCUAUCCCAUGGCUAUAUGGCCCGGAAAUUAUGCCCCUUCGCCACCGAACCCAUUCUGCAGCUUUAUCGGCCGCAAGUGAUUGGAUCUUCAACUACCUCAUCGUCCAAAUCACACCCAUUUCGAUCUCGAAUAUCCGUUGGAAGACCUACAUUAUAUUCUUCGUUUUCAACAUCUUUUUCGCCCUUAUGAUCUGGUUAUACUACCCCGAAACAAGUGGACGGACUUUGGAAGAAAUGGACACUCUGUUCAUGGGUGACAAUGACCGGCUUGUCGUGAUCGACAAGACUGGAAGAUUGUUGCCGGGCUUCAGAAGCUACAUGAACAGAACCGACAAUCCAGAGAUGGCGGACGAAGUUACCAACAGAUCAUCGGCGUCGGAAGAGAAGCGAGAGACGUGGGAAGUGCAUGCCGAAAAGAAUCCAGUGUAG